UGUGUGUUUGCGGCGGGGCCAUGGCCGGGCCCGGGAGCGCAGCGCGGGGGCUGCUCCGGCCCUGCAGCCCGCGGGGCAGCGCGGAGCCCCCACCAGAGCGCCCGGCCCCUCUGCGAGAUGAGGGAGAAGCCGCCAAAGCCGAGGUGCAGCGGCAAAGCGAGGAGCUGCUGAAACAGACGGCAGCCGAGAGGGGGAAGAUCGUCUGGGAGUGGCAGGAGCUGCGAGGGUUUCUGGAGGAGCAGGAACAGCGGCUGCUGUCCCGGCUGGAAGAGCUCGAGAGAGCCAUUGCCCAGAGAAGGGAUGAGGGCGUCUGCAGCCUGUCCCGGGGGAUUUCCCUGCUCAGUGAGAGGGGAGGAGACGAGGGGCAGCAGCCGCUGAGCCAGUCCCUGCAGGGUGCCGGGAGCUGUGGGGGCAGCAGGGAGGACGGGGUGUUUCAGAAGCCGGAGCCGGGGUUUGCAGAGCUGGAGAAGAGACUCAGCGAUUUCGCUCUGCAAAGCGCCCACCUGCAGGAGGUGCUGCUGGGAUUCAAAGAGACGCUGCAACUGGAGCUGGGGAGCAACACAGGAACUCUCUUGGCAUCUGGGAUUUCAUGCACUGCACACGGCCUUUCAAAUGUGGAAAGAGAUUCAGUAGUAUCACCUGCCUUGUUGGAUGCAGGACGCAGGUGGUCCCAAUUUGUGGAUUUUUGCAGAGGCUGCAGAAUAACAUCCGAGGGUCCCUCCAGACUCUCCCAGCCUGCCCGGGGAAGGGAAAUGGAUGCGGUAGAGCUGGCUCAGGGGUCGGUGACCUUCGAGGAGGUGGCUGUGUAUUUCACCAGGGAAGAAUGGGCUCUGCUGGACCCCGCUCAGAGAGCCCUCUACAGAGCCGUCAUGCAGGAGAACUACGAGAAUGUGACCUCACUGGAGUUUCCAGUUUUCACACCUGAAGUGAUCUCCUAUCUGGAACAAGACAAAGAGCCGUGGGUCCCAGAUCUCCAUGAUUCAGAGGAAAGAGAGAUCCUGAGAGGUGAUGGGAUGCUGAGUGAGAAGAAGGAGCACCAACCUCAGCAGGAAGAUGCUGAGCAAGACGAACCACACGGGGCAUUAUUGCAAAUAUCUGAGGAGGAUGUGUCCAGGAGUGGUGAGCAGAGAGAAGGUUGUCAGAGUCAGCACAGGCCAGAGAGGAAGCAAGGAAACAAGCCAAGGGAGAAAUUGAAUAAAUCCAUUAAUAGUUGGGGACCUCACAAAUACGUCAAGGAAACCACAACCCAGCAGAAAAUCCAGGCAGGAGCGAGAAACAACACGUGCUCUGAUUGUGGGAAAAAUUUCAGUAGCCGCUCAGUUCUUCUUAAACAUCAGAGGAUCCACACAGGGGAAAGACCCUAUGAAUGCCGUGAGUGUGGGAAAAACUUCACUCAGAGCUCAUCCCUUAUUAAGCAUCGGAGAAUACACACGGGAGAGAGACCCUAUGCGUGCUGUGAGUGUGGGAAAGCCUUCACUCAGAGAUCAUCCCUCAUUACACAUCAGAGGAUCCACACAGGGGCGCAAUCCUAUGCAUGCUCUGAAUGUGGAGAAAGCUUCACUCGGCGCUCAAACCUGAUUGUACAUCAGCGAAUUCACACAGGAGAAAGACCCUACCAAUGCUGUGAGUGUGCAAAAAACUUCACCAACAGCUCCUCGUUUAUGAAACAUCAGAGAAUCCAUACGGGAGCCAGACCUUACGAAUGCCACGAGUGCGGGAAAACCUUCACCCGCAGCUCACACCUCAUUGCACAUCAGAGAACCCACACGGGAGAGAGACCCUAUGAAUGCUGCGAGUGCGGGAAAACCUUCACUGAUAGCUCAGACCUUAUUAAGCAUCAGAGAAUCCACACGGGAGAGAGACCUUAUGAAUGCAGUGAGUGCGGGAAAAGCUUCAUGGACAGCUCAGACCUUACUAAGCAUCAGAGAAUCCACACGGGAGAGAGACCUUAUGAAUGCAGUGAGUGCGGGAAAAGUUUCACUCACAGCUCAGCCCUUAUGACACAUCAGAGAAUCCAUACAGGAGAAAGACCCCACGAAUGCUGCGAGUGCGGGAAAAGCUUCACUCAGAGCUCGGACCUAAUUAAACAUCAGAGAAUCCACACCGGCGAGCGGCCCUAUAGAUGUGGUGAAUGCGGGAAAAGCUUCACUUGGCGCUCGAGCCUAAUUACGCAUCAGAGAUUCCACACAGAAGAGAGACCCUAUGGGUGCCGUGAGUGCGGGAAAAAAUUCUUUGUCAGCUCAGCGCUUCGGGAACAUCAGAGGAUCCACAUUGGAGCCAGACCUUAUCAAUGCGGUGAGUGCGGGAAAAACUUCACUCGCAGCUCGAACCUUAUUAGACAUCAGAGGCUCCACUCAGCUUAGAGACACUCUAGAUGCUCUGAGUG